CAAGACUAAGGCCGGUUCUAGUGCCCAGAGCUGUAACUGAAACGACUUUGUCUCUGUAGUACUCAGGCGGUAAGGACCGCGCAGCGCAGCGGCGGGAAAAACCCUGGAAGUCCUCUCGGCUGCGAUGAUGCAGAACGUUUUAUGUCCGGAAAGCGAAGGAAGAAAUCGGAAGUGACGUCGCGGUCAAAACAAGCCGGGGCUUGAGGGCCUGCAGUGAAUCUGUGGCCACAGAUGGAAAGGCCCGACUCGCUGUGGGCUGUCGACGGUGGUCGUCAGGCCCUGCGCUCCCACCCGGUCGGCCUCCGGCGCCUGUCCCCGGGACCAGCCUGCCGCCUUUGAGCGAGUUUCCUCCCGCCGUACCUGAGCCGCGCCGGGACUUUUCGGGCAGAGCUGGCGGCUGGCGACAGAGCGGCGGACUUCCGUACAACCAACCAUCUCUCCUCCAGCGGGUUCUUGUCCUGGGACGCCGGGACACCUGUCGCCUACUUUUUAAUACCCAAAUUCCAAGAAUACACUGUGUACUGCUCUUUUAAAACCCAGAGGAAAUCAUGAAGAAAUGUUUUAAUUGUUGAAACUACAGUUGAAAUCAUGGCUACAUCAGCAAAUCUGGAUAUUGGAGCCCAGCUGAUAGUGGAAGAGUGUCCCAGCAGCUACAGUCUAACUGGCAUGCCUGACAUUAAAAUAGAACAUCAGCUGGACUCAAAUGCAGAAGAAGGACCAGCUCAGGGUGUUGCCAUGGGAAUGAAGUUCAUACUGCCUAACCGAUUUGAUAUGAAUGUUUGUUCUCGGUUUGUGAAGUCCUUAAAUGAAGAGGACAGUAAAAAUAUUCAAGAUCAGGUUAACUCUGACCUGGAGGUGGCAUCUGUUCUAUUUAAAGCUGAAUGCAAUAUCCACACAUCUCCUUCUCCGGGAAUUCAAGUAAGGCAUGUCUACACUCCCUCUACAACAAAGCACUUCUCACCCAUAAAACAAUCAACUACUUUAACCAACAAGCACAGAGGAAAUGAGGUCUCGACCACACCUCUGUUAGCAAAUUCUUUAUCUGUUCACCAGCUGGCUGCUCAGGGAGAGAUGCUGUACCUGGCUACUCGUAUCGAACAAGAAAAUGUUAUCAAUCACACGGACGAAGAAGGAUUUACUCCUCUGAUGUGGGCUGCAGCACACGGGCAAAUAGCUGUGGUAGAGUUUCUACUUCAGAAUGGUGCUGAUCCCCAGCUGUUAGGGAAAGGUCGAGAAAGUGCACUGUCAUUGGCCUGCAGUAAAGGCUACACAGAUAUUGUCAAAAUGCUGCUUGAUUGUGGAGUUGAUGUAAAUGAAUAUGAUUGGAAUGGAGGGACACCUUUGCUUUACGCUGUACAUGGAAAUCAUGUGAAAUGUGUAAAAAUGCUCCUAGAAAAUGGAGCUGACCCAACCAUUGAAACGGACUCUGGAUAUAAUUCUAUGGAUUUAGCUGUAGCCUUGGGCUAUAGAAGUGUUCAACAGGUUAUUGAGUCACAUUUACUGAAACUGCUUCAGAACAUCAAGGAGUAGACAUAGUCACCACGAAGUGGUGGCUGUCCUUCGGUUUACUUUCAGCCCUUACAAAUGAUAGUUUUGUUUACUUAUAAAUUUUUACCUCAGUUGCAAUAUUUACUGAUUUUUAGUAAGUUUUAAUAAAUAUUCCUCUGAGUAAUUCACUGGUUUUAAUAAAAUUAAUGUUAAUGCUUUUUUUAAUAAGUGUGUUUUACUGUAUAUUUAAAAUGAUAAAUGAAUGUUUCUUGGCACGUACAUUUUUAUGGUACAGAUAGUUAUCUGUCUUUGUAUCAAGUGCUGUAAUUUAACAUUUUCAGAAAUUAUUCUACGCUAUUCAUCUUCACUCUUACAUUAACUCAUUGACUUUAUAUAGGGUUUGCUAUAAAUCCAUAGGAAAAAGAUUUGUUCUUAUUGAAUUUUAAAUGCACAGUGUGAUUGUUUACAAAAUGAUGUUAUAAAUGAAUAAAAUACUUUUUUCUGCUA